AUUCAUGUAAUUUAUUUAUUUAUAUUUUUGGUUAAGUAACAGAGAGGGUCGAGCAAAGCUACAGAAAAAAAUGGUGUAUGUACAGUUUAGUGCAUCUAUUCGUCAGAGACGACGAUCUCAGUGAAGCCAAACCCUCGAAGAAGAAGAGAAGCGAUGGAGGAGAAGCGUCGAGAGGGCGGAGCGCUACCGGCGAAUUUGGCCACCGGCGGUGCCAACGGCGCAGCAAGUAGGCUCGCCGAAGGAGCGGCUACUGCUGAGCCCGGUUCGUCGCGGCGGCGUGCGGGAGGCCAGAAGAGAAAGUCUAACAACAGCGGCAAUGCAUCGAGCGCUGCGUCAACGCCUUCGAAGAGACAGGCUCGCGAGAAGCCGCCGAUUAUGCCGCCUUCGAUCCACAAUGGGCCCUGCACCAGAGCUCGCCAGCCUCCGAGCAAUCUCGCCGCGGCGGCGUCGGCUGGCUCUGGUGCGGCUGGAGGGGGCAGCGGUUCGCUGGUUGUCGGGCAGCUGGCGGGCUCGCUGGAGGAUUCGGCCAGAGCGGUGAUGGCAGCUGCGGAGGAGGCGAAGAUGGCGAGCCAGAAUUGGCAGGCUUUGGAGAGUGUUGUUGAUGCGGAGUUUGAAGCUAUUAGAUCUCGCGAUGCCAAUGCUCAUGUGGCGCCAAUUACUUGUGGUUGGUUUUCAUGGACCAAAGUUCAUCCUUUGGAGGAGCGCACACUGCCUUCAUUCUUUAACAAAAAGUCAGAAAACCGAACUGCUGAUAUGUACAUGGAGAUACGCAAUUGGAUUAUGAAGAAAUUUCAUGCAAAUCCAAACACACCAAUUGAACAAAAAGAUCUAGCCGAGCUCUCAGUUGGAGAGUCAGAUGCAAGGCAAGAGGUGAUGGAGUUUUUGGACCACUGGGGUCUGAUUAAUUUUCACCCAUUUCCACCUGCUGAAACUGCAACAGGCAAACCUCCUGAAAAUGGGAUAGAAGAUAUGGGUUCUUCGAUUGAACAGUUGUAUCGCUUUGAAACGGUGCAACCGUGUCUGCCUGUAGUUUCAAGGACUAGUGUGACCCCAGUUGUGCCAUCAGGAUUGUUUCCAGAGUCUGUCGCUGCUGAAGAGUUGGUUAGACCUGAGGGUCCAGCAGUGGAGUACCAUUGCAACUCUUGCUCUGCUGAUUGCUCUCGGAAGCGAUACCAUUGCCAGAAGCAGGCAGAUUUCGAUUUAUGCUCUGAAUGCUUCAAUAAUGGGAAACUUGACUCUGGCAUGUCCCCGUCAGAUUUCAUACUCAUGGAGCCUGCUGAGGUUCCUGGAUUGAGCAGUGGGAAAUGGACAGAUCAGGAGACCCUCCUACUUCUUGAAGCAUUGGAACUUUAUAAAGAAAAUUGGAAUGAGAUUGCUGAGCAUGUUGCCACAAAAACGAAGGCUCAAUGUAUAUUGCACUUUGUUCAAAUGCCAAUCGAGGAUACUUUCUUGGAUUACAAUGGUGAAAUUGAUACCAAUGUUCAAGAAAAUGCAGAUCCAGUCACUGCUAAUAAUGAAUCAUCUGCUCCUAAAGAUACCCCUGAAACAACAGAUAAUAAGACUGAUGCCAGUGAGGUCCAGCCUUCUACCCCAAUGGAAAUUUCAAAGCUAGAAAAUUCUGGUGAACUCGAAUCUGGGCAGGAGUCUGGUGAAAGGGACUCCAGUGAAAAGGUGACUGGUGAAAACUGUGCAUUGAGGGCACUCAAGGAAGCAUUUGAAGCUGUUGGUUCUUUUCCUUCACCUGAAGGCCAAAUUUCAUUUGCCGAAGUGGGAAACCCUGUUAUGGCAUUGGCAGCAUUCCUCGUACGGUUGGUGGAACCUGAUCUUGCUACUGCAUCAGCACGUUGUUCCUUAAAAUCGUUAUCUGGCAACUCUCCAUCAAUGCAGCUGGCUGCAAGACAUUGUUUUCUUCUGGAAGAUCCACCAGAUGACAAGAAAGAACUGACUGGCUCAGAGAGAGCUGUUGCUGAAACAGUUGAUAAAGAUGUUCAGAAAGAUGAAAACCAGCAACAGGAAAAGACAAUAUUAGAUUUGGACCAUAAAAAUUUGUUGAAUGAUGACAACAGCAAGAAAAUUGAGGAUUCUGCUCCAGAAGGACAGGAACCCAAUGGAGAGUGUGCAGACAAGUUGCCUGCGGAGGAACCACAUGUGGUCACUCUAAAAAAGGUUGAACCAGCCAUUCAGAAUGAAUCAAACCAGUCCAAUUUACAGGGGGACCACCCACCUAGUUCUCUGAAAGAUUUAACGUCUAAAACAGAACUUCCUGGAAGUCCCAUGAAAGAGUCAGGUGAUAAAGAUCCAAUAAAGGAGCCUCCUCAAUGUGGAGAAGGUUCAAUAAAGGAGCCCUCGCAGCAUGGAGAGGCACCAAAGGACAUAGAUAUGGUGUCUGAUUCUCUUCCCUUGGAAAAGACAGAGACCCAGCAGGAGGUUACCUCAAAUUCAGUGGUUGAAAAUGGAGCAAAAGAUGAUUCUCCCCCAUUGGAAAAGAAAGAGACCGAGCAGCAAGUUACUACAGAUGUUUCAGUUGUUAAAAAUGGAGCAAAUUCAGGGGAGGAUGAAACAAAAGACUGUAAAAAUGAGAACCGUGAUUGUACAAAGACCAAAGAGCAUAAUAUUGAUAGACUGAAGCGUGCUGCUAUUACUACACUCUCAGCUGCAGCAGUGAAGGCAAAACUUCUCGCAAGCAGAGAAGAAGACAAUAUUCGGCAGCUCACUGCAUCUUUAAUUGAGAAGCAGUUGCACAAAUUGGAGACCAAGUUGUCUUUCUUCAGUGAGAUGGAAAGUGCAAUAGCAAGGGGUAGGGAACAACUGGACAGAUCGAGGCAAAAGCUUUUCCAAGAACGAGCACAGAUAAUUGCAAGCCGUCUUGGCUUACCAGCUUCCUCAUCCAGAGCAAUGCCGCAGCCAUUACCAACCAACAGAAUUGCAAUGAACUAUGCAAACUUGGUGCCUAGGCCCCCAAUGAGCAUGACCAAUCCUUUUAGACCACCAAUUGGAAGACCCAUGAUGGCACCCACUUUUCCUACAUCAAACCCCUUUGUAUCUACUACAGGUGGCGGAAGUCCAAUUCGGCCUUCUGGUCAAGACAAACUUUCAUCAGUUGGAAUGAAGUAACCUUCGUACAUGGGAACAUGUGAAUCAAUUCAUUUCAAACAGCAGCCAUUUACAACCAAUUUUACCCUGUGAGUUCUUGCUUUUUGUUGUUGUCUAUAUGCAUAUGCACACAAAUAUGCAUGCCCAACGAUGAUUUUGAACACAGCUGCCCCUAAUUCACCUGAGUUAGGCAUGUACAUUUGACUUGUGGUCUAGUUGCACUGCACUUUCAUAUGAUAGACUUGUUGCAAGCUUAGUAUGCCUCUUUGGUCUGAAGUCAGUUUAGUCUUAUGCAUUGAACCAAGUCGGAUCUUGUUUCCGAUUGCAUCUACACCUAGCAUAAUCACAAUGUAUUAAAUCUUUGGAGUUAUGAAAUGACACCUUAUUGGUCACUAA